AUGGAGGCCUCCGUUGGCGUUCUGCAGUCCAGCUCCAUGUCAUCCUCAUCCUUUUACGGAUCGCGGCUCCAUGCGAAGCCGUCUUCCCUCCCGGCGCAAAGAAAUGCCGCUGAAGCGGUUACAGUUCGCGCUGACAUGUGGAAGAAGCUCGGUGGCCGAGGACUGAUCAGGGAGGACAUUUUGAAGAGCGAUAAAGCCAAUGAGGUCUUGUGGAACCAGCCAGCAAGACCCGGGAAGGACACGACGAAAGAGAAGCUGCCGAUCGACAAGGAACUCGUUGAGGGCUUCGACAAGGAGCUCAAUGGCCUGACCGGCGGCUUUCCUGGUGGCGAGAAGGGGCUCGCUACAUUCCUGAAAAACAACCCGCUGCCAGCCAAAUACGCAGCGGCUUCCUCGGAACUCGCUAACGUUCAAAAGCGGUUGUCUGAAGCUGCAGCUGCCAUCGCUUCCUCCGUUCCCAAGCCCCUUGCGCCGCCGUUGCUUAUGCCUGGCAUGACUGUCAAGGUUAUCAAUCCUAGGGACGCCUACUACCAGUACUCUGGCAUUGUCCAAAGACUGACUGAUGGGAAUGUCGCAGUGUUGUUCGAGGGUGGCAACUGGGACAAGCUCGUGACCUUCCGGCUGUCUGAGUUGGAAAGGACAAAGAAGGGACCUCCUGGCUCUAACCCUAAGUCCGCGUCCCUUCAGUCAGACCCCGCCUUCCAGAAGUAG